AUGGCCAGCGAGUCUUUAUUUCCCGUCUCCAGCUCCAAGCUUGAUCUGCGCGGACAGCAAUUCCGCCAGAAUGAAACCGCAUGGGCGCCGGUGCUGGAGCGAUUCGAAGCAGCUUUGGGGGAGGUCGCCGCCGAGGGCACCGACCACUCUAUGCGGAGACACCAGUCGAGAGGCCAGCUCUUAGCCAGGGAUCGCAUCUCGCUGCUCUUGGAUCCCGACUCACCGUUCCUCGAACUGUGCGCGUUCGCGGGAUACAAAAACCCCGACUCGAACGCGUGCGGCAAUCUAAUUGCUGGGAUCGGGGCAGUCAGUGGUCGACCAUGUCUUCUCAUGUCGCAUAUCCCUACUCAAAGUGGUGGGGCUUGGAACGAAAUGACGGUGUUGAAAGUCAACCGUAUGAUGGAGGUGGCUUUCGAAAACGAUCUGCCUUUGGUCUCUCUGGUCCAAUCGGCUGGGGUGUUCCUCCCCCAACAGUUCAGAGUCUUCCACAAGGGAGGCAUGCUGUUCCGCGAUCUCGCCGUCCGGACAGCACACGGCAAGCCGUCGUGCGCCAUCGUCUUUGGAUCAUCCACGGCCGGUGGGGCAUACCACCCCGCGCUGUCGGACUACACCAUCUUUGUGGAGAACCAGGCGCAAGCCUUUCUCGGAGGGCCCCCCCUGGUUAAAAUGGCCACGGGGGAGGUGAUUGGGGCGGAGGAACUAGGCGGUGCGAAGGUCCAUGCGACAACGACCGGCCUGGCGGACCAGAUUGCCAGUGACGAAUUCGAUGCAAUUCGCAAAGCCCGCGAGUGGGUCGCAUCCCUUCACGUACGAAAAGUGUCGGUCCCGACGCAAAUCCACCCCGUGGAGCCUCGCUACCCAGUGGAGGAUCUGCUGUCGCUGGUAAACCCGGACAUCCGCAAGCCAUUCGACAUGCACGAGGUCCUCCUGCGGAUUGUGGAUGACUCCCGCCUAUCCGUGUUUAAGCCCAAAUAUGGUACCAACAUGAUCACCGCAUGGGCCCAUAUCCUAGGUUUUCCGGUGGGCAUCGUUGCCAAUCAACUAUCCGUCAUCAAUCCCACUGAAGCGGUCAAAACGGCCCAGUUCAUCCGGAUGUGCAACCAGCAGAAUACCCCAAUCGUUUUCCUUCACAACGUAACCGGGUUCAUGGUCGGAGCCAAAGCCGAACAUGCCGGUAUCAUCAAGAUGGGGGCGCAGUUGGUCUCCGCCGUCAGUUGUUCCACCGUCCCUCACAUCUCCAUCAUUUUGGGGGCUUCGUACGGCGCCGGGAACUACGCCAUGUGCGGACGGUCCUACAAACCCCGUUUUAUCUUCACCUGGCCAACCGGCCGGUGCAGUGUGAUGGGUCCCGACCAGCUCUCUGGAGUGAUGGAGACGGUGCAGCGAUCGAGCGCCAAGUCCAAGGGUGAGGUACUGUCGCCAGAGAAGCUGGGCAAGCGGGUGCAGUCUUUCCGAGACAGUGCGCAGCGGGAUGGGGAGUGCUACUCGACGAGCUCAAUGCUGAUCGACGAUGGGGUCAUCGACCCAAGAGAUACGCGGGAUGUGUUGGGACUGUGCUUGGAGGUGGUCGGGUUGCCUGGCGUCAGUGGGACGUCGACGCAUAAUCUGCUGGCCAGGAUCCCGCUGUUCGUCGCACCCCCGCCAUUGAACCGCGACGGUCGACCCGUCAUUCAAAAAUUGUUGAUCGCGAACCGCGGCGAAAUCGCCUGUCGCAUUAUCCAGACGUGCCGCAAACUGCAAAUCACGUCGGUAGCCAUCUACGUGGACGAGGACGCUCUCUCCCGCCACGUGCAGGAAGCAGACGAAUCCAUCAACCUCGGCAGCAUCGACCGCAGUAGACGGAACCCCUUUCUGGAUGUUGACCUGUUGGUCAAGACGGCCGUGGCCGCAGGCGCCCACGCCGUCCACCCGGGGUACGGGUUCCUGAGUGAGAACGCCGACUUCGCCCAGCGCGUGCACGAGGCGGGUUUGAUUUUUGUUGGGCCUAGCCCUAGCGCCAUGUCGACGCUGGGCGACAAACGCGCGGCCAAGGACUACUUGAGCGCGCAUGCGCCCGAAGUGCCCCUGAUUCCCGGGUAUGCAGGAUCCAGCCAGGAGGUAGGCGACCUGGAGAAGGCCGCGACGGAGAUCGGGUUGCCUGUGAUGUUGAAGGCGUCGGCAGGAGGUGGUGGAAAGGGCAUGCGUAUCAUCCGGGAGGCGCAUCAAUUGCGAGCAGAGCUACAGCGAGCGCAGUCAGAGGCACAGCGGUCGUUUGGUUCCGCCGACUGCAUCCUAGAGAAGUACAUCGAGCGCAGCAAACAUGUCGAGAUCCAAAUUUUGGGAGACUCGCACGGGGAGGUGGUCUCAUUUCUUGACCGCGAUUGUUCCGUGCAGCGACGACACCAGAAGGUCAUCGAGGAGACGCCGUGUCCCUUCCUGGACGAUGACACGCGGCAGAAGAUGUCCGCGGUGGCCGUCACGAUUGCCAAGGAGAUCGGGUAUGCAAAUGCCGGCACCGUGGAGUUCAUCUUUGAUGUGCAAACGGGCAAGUUCUACUUUUUGGAAGUCAACGCCCGUUUGCAGGUAGAGCACCCGAUCACGGAGGAAGUCACCGGGGUGGACCUGGUGGCGCUGCAGCUGUACGUGGCCGCCGGGGGUCGCUUGGCUGCGCUGUCGGCCGUCCAGACCGUCACUCAAUGGGGCCAUGCCAUCGAAUGUCGUCUCUGCGCAGAGGAUCCCCGGCGAGAUUACUUCCCCGAGCACGGCCAGAUCUACCUGUGGCAGCCGGCACCAGGGAUGCUGGGCCCGGGUCGCGACAUUCGCUACGAGACCGCCGUCGGGACGGGAUCCUCUGUGUCUAUCUAUUUCGACUCGAUGAUUGCCAAGAUCGUGGUCUGGGCACCGACGCGGGCGAUGGCAAUUGAGAAGAUGACCCGCGUGCUGGCCCAGACGGCCUGCGUGGGCGUGAAGACGAACCAAUUUCUCCUACAGCGGUCUCUACUGCACCCGGCCUUCCACAAUCCCGGGUACACGACGUCGUUCUUGCCGACGUACCAGGACGAACUGCUGCAGGCACCCACCAUUGGAGGACCAGACUUGAAGAUUCUCUCUGCGCUGCCAAGCGUGGUAUUUCGCCAUCUGGCCACGUCCAACGCGCUGCGCGCACGUCAGCGGCCUUUCCAGAAUGUCCGGCGUCAGUUCCGAAACCAGCACCAUGACUCAGUAAACAAGCAUUGUGACGUCGUGAGCGCCGUGGAGUGGCCGUAUCAACUCCCUGACGGGGAAACCUCUCUGCAAUCUCUGGUCUGGCUGUGGAAGGCCCAAGCAACCAGAGAUCCGGCUGGGGGAGACGAGAUAUACUCCUUUCCCCCCCCGACGGGCAGUCAGCCCGCAGACAAGGAGAGAUCGGCUGCAGGUGAGGUCUCGGCGCGGUACAACGCCAUUAGUGAAACGCUCCGAUCGGGGGCCGCAACCACUACGACACCCUACCGGGUGCAUGUGAACUCGUGGAUCGCGGAUGACAGAAGCCCACACGCGUGGUUGACGGCCAGCGUCGAGGUGUCGAUCAACGGGUCGAAGCAGCGGGCGCAAAUUGCCAUCCCAUCCGUCCGGCCCGACGGUCUCGGACUCCGACUAGAUACGACGCAGAGCAUCUUCUGUCAUUUCCCAGCGGUUGGCACGCAUAUGGAGUUCCGUCGGGACAGCGUGUUGUCCUGGGUAGAGAGCAUUCGGUCAGUGGCCGCCGCGCAGGACGGAUCGCAGCUGAAGACGGUGGCGGCCCCAAUGCCUUGCAAGGUUCUGUCAAUUUUGAAGAAGGUUGGAGAGCCUGUGAAGUCAGGAGAGAAUGUGAUGGUCAUUGAGAGUAUGAAGAUGGAGGUGGCCAUCACGGUCAGUGCGGAUGGGACAUUCCAGACGACGUGGAGGGAGGGCGACGCGGUCGAGGAGGGCAAGAUACUGUGCUCUGUUGAUUAA